AUGGUCGCUGCUUCUCGUUUCCGUACUGCAAAUUGGCUUAAGAAAGCCGGGUUUGCACCACAGGUGUUUCUGUUCCGUAACCUGGAGUCAGGACAAGUAGUAUAUUCGCAACUACCGGUGUUCUCGCAAGCUCAGAUCGAAACUUUGUUUAAGAGACCCGAUUGGUCAAACAAAAAGCCUUCGACGAGACGUGAUAUAUGGCGUUGCAUGGCAGUGGUGGAUACUCCAUCGUAUGAAGAGGGUGUUAACUUAUAUCAAAACUUGUGUCGCUUGCGUUACUUACGGGACGUCACUAAAGCUAAACAAGCUGAUGUACUCAGAAAGAAAGAUGAAUUUGGCCACGUUUGGUACUCAGCUCAAUACCGCCCUACUUACACACAAGAGGCAGUUGCUGAUCUAAGAGAGUCACUCAGCAAGGCCAACAUCAAAAAUGCGACCAUCCACUGGGAGGACGCGUGGAGAAUGGGCGAUGUAGAAAAGUGCUGGAAGCCCGUCCUUCCAGAAUUACAGCACGCCGUUAUGUCAAAACUAGGAAACUCGGCUAGAGAGCAAUCCGCGCUUCUCAAGGAGUUAGGUCUGAAGGCAAAACAAGAGUUUGCGAAACUCAGGGCACAAGAAGAAGCAGCUCGUGAGCUCCAUGUGUGA